AUCUUUACGCUCUAGGCGAUCCGGAAGCAGUCAAUCGCCUCUGCCGUCAAACUCCUCUCCCAAUCGAGAAGAUGCUGCUGCCGCCGCGGCCAUCCCCGCUGUCGAGAAACUUGGUAGCUUGGCGUCCGCUCCUCCUCCUUUCGUCUCGCAACAUUGUAGGCUCUAAUCCUCCUUGCUCAGUCGUACCUCCGUCGCCGGCUGUUGCAGCUUCUGCUAGGCCGUACCCGGCCGAGGAGUUAUGUGCGCUGGAGCAGCUCAAGGUCGAGGUCCUUACGGAUCAACACCUAGAUUGGUUUCUAGGGUUCAAGAAUUUGAUGAACAGCUACUUCAAGGGCCGCGUAGGGAGGGAUGUGCUCCCCGAUUUGAUAAAGGAAUCUAUUCUCAAGUUCAGGGCUGAAAACAAUAAUGAGGAGUUGCCGGAGGAGCUUCAGGGUGUCUAUGUAGAGAAAGAAGCGAUAAUCCUCAGGGGAGAUUGGAUUGUAGAGUUGCAGAACUUGUUGAGGGAAUACAUCAAAGGCAAACAGCAUUUGCUUCCUGCGAUCAAGGAAAAAGCUUCUGAAGAUGAGGCUGUCAGGGAAGCAUGAUCACAUGGUGAACGCGUAUCCAAAUGUGAGGUGCAGAUCACCUCGAUUGGAGUAUACAAAAACCAGAGCCGAAUACUUCGACAAUUAUGCCAACCUCAUUCUUCCAGGCAAGUUUUCCCACCCAAGAACUUUAGUGUCAUUUUUCAGUUUUUAUGUAUGAAAUCACAACACUAAAAACAUGUUUAGUUAUGUUUUCAUUUGAUCUUCUAGAAACAAAAGUUGGCAACACAACAUAAAGUAGUUGAAAAAAUGUGAAACAAUAAUAAGUAGUUUCAUGGCUGUUUCCAAAACUGUUCCUUGUAGAAUCGUAUCAGUUACUGUAAUAAUUUCACUCAAAUGAGUCUAAGAAUGAAUCUCACUAGAUCCAACCACUUUCUAAAUAUUAUUUCUCCCUCCAUUUUUAAAUGACUCAUCAUCGAAACCUUAUUGUCAACAUUAUUUUUCCUUCUGUUUUUAUUUCUCAAUUUUUUCAUAAAUUGUCAUGCUCCAUAAUUCCUCCCAUUAUUUUCUACUUUUGUUUUCGUCUCAACAUUGAUACUAAACAGGACCUAAAAAGCAAAUAAACAUAUAAAAUUUUCAAAUUCCAUUUUUACAUGACUCAUCAUCGAAACCUUAUUGUCAACAUUAUUUUUUCUUUUGUUUUUAUUUCUCAAAUUUUCAUAAAUUGUCAUGCUGCAUAAUUUCUCCCAUUAUUUUCUACUUUUGUUUUCGUCUCAACAUUGAUACUAAACAAGACCUAAAAAGCAAAUAAACAUAUAAAAUUCUCAACUUCCAUGUUUUUUUCUAGAAUAUGGACUACAAAUGUUUUCGGUUUUCAUUUUCAUGGUGUUGUAAUUGUACGUUUGUUGUUACAACAGUACUGCAAUCACAAUAGAAAAAAAUAAAGGUACUAAACUGGUUUUUUUUAUUUUGUAAUCUUUAGUCACUCUGAUGCUAUUAUUGCCUCCCUUAUUUGCAUAUUGAAUAAUACACAGAUGAUGUCAAGGAAAAACUGGUGGAGAAGGUCAGAUUGUUAGUCCCUUCAGAGUUCGUCGAGGAAGAGUAUUUUAUAGGGGAGCUGAUGAGGAAGUUAAGGCGCUAUUCGACCCUUUAUAAGGAAGAGCUUGAACUGUAUAGAGAAUUUGAGAGUGAAGUACUGAUCGAUUAUAUAAACAGAGUGGAAGCCCAGGAGAAGGGUGCAACUACGCAAUUUCAUCGUUUUGACGAUGAUGAUGAUGAGAAGAAUGCUCGUGAAGUUGUCAGGAAAUACAAAGUCUUGACUGAUGAAGCUGUGAGGAAGUGUCCAAGGAGAUAUCUUUUCGAUGAACCAAAGGAGUUGGAAUAUAUACACACAAAUUGGGAAUGUCGGCUAUACUAGAGUCAUAUCUACUGAAUUUGGUGUUAUCGUUUCGACGAAUGUAUAAUCUUUAAUAAUCCAUCUGAUGGACU